UACAAUUUGUAGAAUUCCAAACAUUUGCCAAUGCCAAAUCUAAAUUAGGAAACAGCUCCAUUUCCAUGAAAUUAUUACGACAAUUUUAGAGAGACGAAACGAAAUCAGGCAAAAUCCUUAGCGCAUUUGAUUCGAAAACUCUUCAUGGAUCUUAAUCCACCUGCAGGGGAGGACUAUGCACAUCCAAAGAUAUGUUUCUUUCACGUGCUCUUCAAGGCAGCAGCAUUAGCGUUUUAUGUACUGUCAGCGUUAUUUGUUGAUAGUUUCGUUAUCAUCUUUGUGUUAACUGUUCUUUUAGCUGCUCUUGACUUUUGGGUGGUUAAGAACGUGAGUGGGCGUAUCCUUGUGGGUUUAAGGUGGUGGAAUGAAAUUGAUGAUAACGGCGAGAGUGUGUGGAGAUUUGAAUGCCUUGAUCAAGAGUCAAUGGCUCGCAUGAACAAGAAGGAUUCCUGGCUGUUCUGGUGGACUUUGUACCUAACAGCUGUUGCUUGGUUCUUUCUUGCGAUAUUCUCUCUCAUUAGGUUCCAAGCUGAUUAUCUUCUUGUUGUUGGAGUUUGCUUGACUCUCAGCGUUGCAAAUAUUGUUGGUUUUACUAGAUGUCGCAAAGAUGCUAAGAAGCAGCUUCAACAAUUUGCAACCCAGACUCUCACUUCUCGAUUCAACUCUACUCUACAGUCAGCAUUUAGUGUUGUUUGAACAAUUAUUACGAGCAAUCAUGUAUUGAUUAUAUAAUGUUUCUGUAUACGUUGUGAAAUUAUGAUGGAGCACAUAUCGGAAGGAUGAUUUAGGAGAUUUUGACAUGGUUUUUACUUGGACUUCUCCUUUAUUGAGGUCUUGUACAUGCAGAAAAUGAACGAACUGGAAAAACAUUUUUGUUCCUUUCAGUUUUCACGAAUCCAAUUGCUUCAUUGUAUUUUUUUUUUCUUUCA